AUGAUAUACAUGACACAGCUAAAAAGGGCCGCCCAACAAACAAGACCAUACCUGUGAGGAAUCUACAUACAGUUAUAACCAAAAUGUCCGCUGCUGAGAAUGUUGGAUUCAAGCAUGAGUAUCAUGAAAUUCCAAGAGGUGAACUUUUUCCGUGCGAAGAAGCUAAGAAGCCAGACAAUAAACCCAAAAAUAGAUACACAACUACGUUCCCUUACGAUCAUUCCCGUGUUGUUUUGAAACCUGCAAGUUCACAGGAAGGAGACUACAUUAAUGCAAAUUACAUCCAGAGUACUUCUGGUCGGCGAUCCUACAUUGCAACCCAAGGACCAAAACCCAAGACAAUCGGUGAUUUCUGGAAUAUGGUGUGGCAGGAGGAUGUGUCCGUCAUUGUUUGUCUGACCAACCUUAAAGAAGGGGGAAAGAACAAAUGUGCUCAAUACUGGCCAGCUAUUAACGAUAAAAUCCAGAUAAGUUCCAUCAACAUAAGAAACCUGGAAGAGAGAAUUUAUGCUAAUUAUACAAUACGUAGAUUUAAAGUACAAAACAAUAUGGAGCGAAAAGAUCGUGAAGUGUUAAUGUUUCACUACACACGAUGGCCAGACCAUGGAGUCCCUGACCCACUUAAUCUUGUUGUGUUUCAUCGCCAAGUGAUGAAAAAGUCCUCGCAAAGCCUAGGAAAAUACACACUAGUACACUGCAGUGCGGGAAUCGGAAGAACAGGAACAUACAUUGCUUUAGACGCCCUCUAUCGAGAAGGGGAGAGAAAUGGUAAAGUUAAUGUACCGAUGUACGUCAGGACCAUCAGAAAAGACAGAAUGAACAUGAUACAAGGAGAUGACCAAUACAAAGCAGUUUACCUCGCUCUUUGUGAAUCGUUCAAUGGGAAAUCGAGAUGCCUAACAACAGAUUCAUUUUUACGAGAACUACAAGAGCAGUCUUGUUACACCAACUGUGGAGAUGUUGCAAAGAAAUCCUCUUUGCCUUUAGAGAUCCAGGAACUACUUUCUUUGUGUAAAGAAUACACAGAAAAAGAUUAUGAAACUGGACGAAAAAACCUAACUGCAAACUAUACAGAAAAAGUCCUACCAGUGGAAGAAUUUCUGUGCUAUUUGGCGUACACUAAGGAAAGAAACACGUACUACAACGCUGUUCUUCUUCAGUCCUUCACAGAAACCGACAGUCUGAUCAGCGCUCAGUACCCACUUCCUGACUACACUGUAGACUUUCUCAGACUCAUCAGGGAUUUUGAUGCUCGUGUUGUGGUUUUUAUGUCCCCGUUAAAGGACCUGAAAUCUUCAUCGAUUUGGCUUCCAUCUAAAUCUGACCAAAAAACCGUUGGAAAUUUUACAAUCAAACUGAUCUCUUCAUCUAACUCUUCAAAUUUUGUAUCGAGAAAUAUAAUUCUUCAGUCAGAGGGAUCAAGAACUGUCACAACUACAGUUCUAGAAUGCAAGGCAUGGAAGGAAAACAGAAUGACAACUGACAAAAGAGCCUUACUGGACCUAGUAAAAGAAACAAAGGCUGCAAAACUCAACCACAAGGAAGGGAGAAUUCUUAUUUUAUCCAGUGAUGGAGCUACACGUUGUGGAGCAUUCUGUGUAGUUUAUAACGCUUUAGAACAACUCUCAAUGGACCAGGAAGUGGACAUCUUCACCAUCACACGUCAACUUCAGAUCCGUAGACCUGAGUUUGUAUCUUCCUUGGAUGAAUACCAGCUUUGUCAUGAAGUAGUGGCAGAAUUCAUACAAAAUGAUAGUGUGUAUGCAAACUGCUAAACUAACCAAAAUACAAGAUCUGCUCAAUAACAGAUUUUUUUUUCAAAGUAAAUGUACCAUUUCUUACAUUUGUGCUUGUUUCAUACAUCUUCCCAAAGGAACAAAGGAAAUACCAAAACCCCCUGAAUGCAAUAAUUUUACAGUGAAGACAAUCAGAACGUUUUAUGAUGAUUAGGAAAA